GGUCGGCUCGGACAUGGCCGAACUUCUCCUGCGAGACGGCGACCCGGUCACCUCUGGGGGCCCCUCUGAGGGUCCCGGGGACCCGGCCGAGGGCCCGCGGAGGGCCCGCCGGCCGGCCGGGGCCGCGGAGUGGACCGAGCGCUGGUGACCCGCGCCGAGCGACGGCCGAGCCGGUGGCGGUACAAGGUUCACCGAACUGCUGCUGUAUGGACACAGGAAAGAGGCACUUGAGUGGGCCAUGAAGCAGGGUAUCUGGGGGCACGCGCUGUUCCUGGCCAGUAAGAUGGACCAGCGUACCUACGGUCAGGUGAUGACCAGGUUCGCUAACGGACUGCUACAGAACGAUCCGCUGCAGACGCUCUAUCAGCUCAUGUCGGGCCGGCAGCCGUCUUGUACCACGAGCUGCGCCGAUGAGCGGUGGGGCGACUGGCGGCCCCAUCUGGCCAUGAUUCUGUCUAACACCACCCAUCGGCCGGAGCUGAACCAACGGGCCAUCGUCACACUGGGAGACACGCUCGCGGCUCGCGGUCUUCUGCACGCGGCGCACUUUUGUUACCUGAUGGCCCAGUGCGAGUUUGGUCCAUACGAGCGGAAAUCGUCCAAACUGGUGCUGAUCGGGUCGGCCCAUCAACUACCAUGGAGCCAGUUCGCCACCAACGAGGCCAUUCAGCGCACGGAGGUGUUUGAGUACGCCCAGAGUCUCGGCGCCGCGGACUACGUGCUCACUCAUCUACAGGCGAUGAAGUUCAUCUACGCCACGCGACUGGCCGAGGUCGGUCUGAUUACCGAGUGUCUCCACUACUGUGAGGUGAUCGGGGGGCUGAUCGCCAAGUACCCCAGCUCGUUCAACUACUCUCUGGUGAGCCGCGUGUACGCACUGGGCAGCCAGCUCAAGUACCACGACGCCCACUACCAGUCGGGCGAGGGCGAGCUCUCCGAAAUGGGCGACCCCGAGUGGCUACUGGCGCUGCAGAAUGUCCUGGUCGAGAUGCAGAACGGCCGUAUUCCGGCCUACCCGCAGCCGACCGAUGCCGCUGCGGUAGCCGGCGGCGGCGCAGAGCCUGCGGAGCUGGUGGCAGACCCCGCCGCCGCCGAGCAGCUCCAGCUCCAGCACCAGGAGCAGCACCAGUUCCAGGAACAGCACCAGCCCCAGCCGGAGUACGGGGUGACGCCGCAGCAGCCGCCGGCAGAACCACAGGCUGCAGCUGCGGGCGGCACGUACGACCCCGCUCAGUACCUGCAGCAGCAGGCCGACCCGUCCGCUUCCGCCGCCGCUCCGUACGAUCCGGCUGCCUUCCAGCAGUCCCAGCCGUUCGUACCGGUCGAUCAGACGGACGGGGGAGGUGGGGCGGACUACUGGGGCGGCUGGGGAUACGCCAACACACCCGCUGCGCCCACACCCGGCCAGGAUAAUGGGACAGAGGGCGGCAUGGAGGCCACCCAGCCGGGUCAGACGGACACCUCCCCACCGCCAUCUGCCGCCGACGAUAAGAACUUCAACUACUGGGACCAGCCGCGCAAAAUGACUCCCGUCCUGGCGCCGCCUCUGUUCCACUCCACGCCGCAGACUCCGGUCGCCCCUGGCACCGGCCCUGGAGCCGCCUCUGGCACUCCCAGCCCGCGGCGCCGCUCGGUGACCUUUGCCACGCCCUUGCUGCUGACCUCUGACCGUCGUUCGCCCGCGGGGCUCGUCCUCAACCGGUCCGGGGUCGGAUCGCUGACCUCGGAAAGGUCACCCCUCGGCGCUACGGACCACAACCUCAGCAACCUGGCCAAACGCUCCUCCACAUCCUCGGUCCGCCCGCCAGCCAAUCAGCGAGCCCGCGCCGCCGCCGCGUCCAAUCGCCGAACGCCAGCCGCCGGACGUCAGCCAAUCAGCAGCGCCGUCUCAGCCGCUCAGCCAAUCAGCGGCCUGGACACACCCACCGGCGCUGGAGGAAAUCAGCUGCGCCACCGCGUCAACGCUCGCCGCACGGCAGCUUCUGCGCCGCAAACGUCUCAUACAACCACAUCAACCAGCCGCCGGAGCAACCUACGCCGCGAACCGACUCAUCAGGACACGGCGCGGCCGGAGACAUCUAGCGGCCGGCAGGCGAAGCUCGAGUGCCGCCCGGCGCCGCUAGGUGACGGCACGGUGCGCACAUACCCGAUUGAUGAACCGUGCUGCGCGCCGCCUCAUCUGUGCAGAGAGCACGCGCGACUGGCCCCGGCCACCGGCGACGGACGGGCGGACUCCGUCGGAGAGGAUUCCGAGAGUGAGGCGUCGUCGGUGCCAUCUGAGAACGAAUCAGAGCCGGCCAAAGGGUCGGCCCCGCCCCCUACGACCAGCGCCAGCCAAUCAGCGUCCGGCGCGCCGUCCAACGACCAAUCAGGAGGCGGGUGGUUCGGCGGCCUCUUCAGUCGACUGGGCAAACCCAAAAACCAGAUGAAACUGCCCGAUGAUAAGGAUAAAUCGAUCGUGUACGACCCGGCCACUAAACGGUGGGUGGACAAAGACGCGGGGCCCGACGACGGGCCUCAGGCGCCCGCCGCGCCGCCAUCGGACAGUCAGCUGUUGGGCGGGGGCGGGGGCGGCGGACCGCCCGCCAUGGGCGGCGGCGCCCCGCCCGGCGGCCCGCCCCCGCCGCCCGCCGCCGGCGGCGGCAACAAGUUCAAGAUCCCCAAGGGUCGCGGUAUGCGCUCCAACUACGUGGAUGUGUUUGGUGGCUCCGGAUCCGCAUCUGGACCCGGUGGUGGAUCCGGACCCAGCGCUGGACCCGCCAGUCUACCCCCGCUGGUUCCCAGUCCAGGACCAAUUCCGCCAGCUGAUGGAUCCGGUAUGGAUGCUCAGCCACCUGCGCCCGGCGACGGCGCGCCCCCGCAGGGAGCAGCUCCUCCUAUGUUCAACCCUGGACAGAUGGCCGGAGCUCCGGCGCCCGUCAGUGCCCCGCGCGGACGACUGAACCGAUAUGGCCGCCGGUGAGCCGCCUGGGAACCCCGCGUGACCCGCGCUGACCUCGGGUCAUGACCCCAGACACGGGGCAGCCAGGUCGGACCCGGCCCGGUGCCAAUAGCGAAUCGAAGGGACGGACGGACCUUGUCCCGGUGGAGUGGUUGCAGUGAGACGAUAUAAACUAUGCCCCGACGGGCCCAGAGACACUAUAUUUCCUGUUAUUGGUGAUGAGAGUGCAGAGAGGACGCCGGGGAGCCUUGUGCAGGGGACGGAUGUGAGUGAACUGGCGUCCCCAUAUACUUAUAGCCACUUGUGACGGUGUGUGCAUGGGAGGGUGUCCAGAGCCGGCAGGGGGCUCCCGUGGUCCAACUGGCCCCCACAGUGGCCGGAGACAGAGGUAAUGGUUGUGAGGGUGCACAUUAAUGGUUAUUUAUGUUAAUGAAUGCUGAUUGGUGGCCGCGCGCCAGCCCUGAAUGCUGAUUGGUUGACGCGCACCGGCCCUGAAUGCUGAUUGGUUGCCGCGGGCGCCGCCCGGUCGCCGGCCGCCUGCGCGCGGCCGGAUACUGUGCCGCCGGGCCGCCAUAUAGCCGCCCUCAGUUAGGUGGCGUUUGAUUGGUCGCUGAGGUGGUACGCUGUGUCUGAUUGGCUGUCGUGCCGGCCGGCAAUGUUCCAUGUGUGGCGGGGGUCUGGUUACUGCCCGACGGCGGCCGGCGAGUUUUCAAAUGGCGGCACCUGAUUGGCGGGCUCCGCCGCGGCUCGCGAGUUGAUUGGCCGUCGUUGGCUCAUUAGUAUAGUAGACGCCUGGGUUGUGGUUUCUCGGUAUGUGUGGUGGCUCACUACGUAUAUCCUGAUGCAUAUGGCUAUAAUAAAAGGGGAAAAUCGCA